UUAGCUUUCAGCAUGUUUUAAGAAGUUAACUAACCAUGGCGAUUCUACUACUUUGGCUAAUCUUCUUUAAAAGUCACUCGUGCGAGAACAUUUAUAAGUUCUUCGAGGAGAUCAAUGAGAACGCGAGGGUUUUUAACUCGAUCGGCGCGGACAUAGCUUGGCAAGCUUCGCUCGACCCUGACAAGGAGGGGUUGGCAGCAAUAUCAGCGAAAUACCAGCACAAGAAGAUCGCUUGGCAACACGAUGCUUGUAGAACUUUGAAAGCAAUGCAAGAUCGACGUAUACUGAACUCCACCCAGGAGAGGCAGGCCUACUUAUUCUGCAGAGGGCCAAAAUACUACUACAAAGAAGCCAGGGAAAUGAGUAACACAUAUGAAGAACUACAAUCCAUUUAUUCUAACAUUCAAGUGUGUAUACCUAAUUCCGAACAAACAACCAAUAUGACAGACAUAGAGACGGCCAUCUUGAAUUACUUAUCAACAGUCAAAGAGUAUUUAAAUGAAGAGAAGACAGAACAUAGCUCAAUCGUUGCCGCAAAAAUGGCUCUCAAUGUUCAUGUGGAUAAUGCACUAUUAUGCUUGAAAGGAGAAGAAGAUUUCGAGAAGAUGAUGGAAUUUUCGAGAAAACCAAAAGUUUUGGAAUGGUUGUGGUUGGUUUGGAGGGAAAAGGUGCAGGGGAUGAGAGAACCGUAUAAGAAGUUGGUUAAUGUGGAAAACAAAGCUGCUUGGAGGAAUGGUUACAGAGACAUUGGAGCUGCUUGGCGCGAGGAGCUCGAGCUGCCCAAUCUACGUGAAAUCUGUCGGCAACUGUACAGAAGCAUUAAACCACUGUAUGUCCUCCUACACGGAGUGGUCAGAUUCUUUCUAAGGCGAGAGUAUGGGGAUGCUGUGGACGAGAGGGGACCUAUUCCUGCACAUUUAUUAGGUGACUUGUGGUCUCAGAAUUGGGAGCCAUUAGCAGACCUGAUACUACCCAAUCCAAUCAAUUUGGAUGACAGGAUCAAGAAUCUUGGGUGGUCAGUUGAUGACAUGAUAAAACGCGCAGAAGACUUCUACACAUCACUGGGCCUGCCAGGUAUGACAGAAACUUUUUGGCGGAAAUCUGUGUACACGCGAGAAAAACACAAAAUGGCGCGCUGUCACGGCACCGCAGCGGACAUGUUCAAAGACGGCGACUUCAGGCUUCUUUAUUGCUCAGGUGUGAAGUUUGAAGAUUUCUAUAUUAUUCAUCAUGAAAUGGGUCAUAUUCAGUACUAUAUGGCUUAUGAAAAACAACCGGCGCUGUUUCGGCAAGCAAACACAGCACUCCACGAGAGCAUCGGAGACUCAAUAAUGUAUGGAGUGAUGACACCACAGCAUUUGCAUAGACUUCGUCUCAUUGAUGACUCUGAACUAUUUACUGCUCACAGUUCUCAAAAAGAUAAUGUAAAAGCUAAAAACAAAUCAGCUGAUGGUCAGAAACCUUCUAAUGAAGUUUAUAAAGAAUUAUGUGAUAACCUUGACGUUGGUGAUAGAAUGUUAGAUUCUAUAAAAACAAAGGAAAUGAUCAUGUUUAAACAAGCAUUGAAUAAAUUACCACAAAUACCGUUUUCGCUUCUCAUGGACGAGUACAGGUGGAAAUAUUUUGAAGGCACUUUGGAUAAGGAUUCGUUAAAUCAAGAGUUCUGGGAGAUGGCACGAGAGUUGCAAGGAAUUGCACCUUCCAGUUAUAGAGGGCAGGAAUAUUUUGAUGUAGGUGCUAAAUUCCAUGUGCCAGACAAUACACCUUAUAUACGAUAUUUCCUGAGCAGUUUCUUACAACACCAAAUUUUCGAAAGUCUCUGCAAGGCAGCUGUAUUUGGACGUAGGAACGUGACAGACCCACUUCCCGAUACUAUAUCUAUUGACAGGUGUGACAUAUACGGGUCAAGGGCUGCUGGGAAGAUUUUGGAGGAUAUUAUGUCAAGAGGCGCAUCCCAACACUGGCAACGAAUAUUGCAAGAAACAACUGGAAAAUUUGACAUAAGUGCGGUAUCACUGAAACGUUACUACCAGCCACUUUACAAACUGCUUAUGAGAUUGGUUGAAAAAUACGACAUUCCUAUUGGCUGGUAG